AUGUCGCUUAUUCCGCUUCCUGAGUCCUUGAAGCCCUUUCUUGAGUCAUACCUACCCCAAAAAAAUCAGCAAGAUGCCUUGAGACCUUUCGUUACGUUGACUUAUGCCCAGUCGCUUGAUUCUCGUAUCUCGUCCAAACCAGGCCAGCAGACCGUCAUUUCUCAUCUUGAGACCAAGACCAUGACCCAUUACCUUCGUUCGAGGUAUGAUGGGAUAUUGGUGGGUAUUGGUACGGUAUUGGCCGAUGACCCCAAAUUGAACUGCAGAUUCACGGAAGAUGGUAACACCUUCAGCCCUAGGCCGAUUGUUAUCGACCCUAAGGCUCAAUGGGACUAUACCAAGUCAACAUUGCGCAAGAUCAACGAGUCUGGUAAGGGGCUCGCCCCAUACAUCCUCGUUGAUGAGUCAGUGGGGCCUACUGAAUCCACCAUAUUAGAGCUGGCUGGAGGUAAGCUUGUGCGUCUCCCAUUGUUGGCAAACAGAGGGGACAACUGGAGUCUCAUCUUGAAGAAGCUCUUAGAGCUUGGAGUGCAUUCGGUGAUGGUUGAAGGGGGUGCCAAGAUUAUCAAUGAUUUGUUGGUAAGCUCGAGCUUGAUCGACAGUAUUAUUAUCACGGUGGGGCCUGUCUUUUUGGGAAACGAAGGAGUCGAAGUCAGUCCAAGCAAGCAUGUAAACUUGACUGCGGUCAAGUGGUGGACGGGGGUCCAAGAUUCAGUAUUGUGUGCUUUUCCAAAGCGUCUCGAGUCGACUACCGCCAUAUAG